AUGGCCCGUCCAACAAUACAAGCUCCUAUAGCUUAUAAAAUUUUAAUUGUCGGCACCAGUAGUGCCGGUAAAUCAUCAUUGGCUAUACAUUUUACAUAUGAUCAGUAUGUCACUGGCUAUGAACCAACAAUAACCGACUCAUAUCGCAAAAGGGUUGUCAUCGAUAACAAAGAGGCCUAUAUUGAAAUAGUAGUCAUCGGUAGCGAUGACUAUACGGCCAAACGGGACAACUAUUUCCGGUCGGCCGACGGUUUUCUAUGUGUGUUCUCUAUCAUUGAUCGACAAAGUUUUCUAGCAGUCAAUGAAUUUAGAGAUCAUAUAUUGCGUAUAAAAAACAAUAACAUUAAUACUAGUGAUAACGUGUCUAUUGUUUUGGUCGGUACUAAUGCACACUUGGAUAACAAACGAUGUGUUAGUAUUGAUGAGGCAAACAGUUUGGCCAACAAUUGGAAAGUGCCAUACAUUGAGACAUCGGCUAAAUCAAGGGACAGUUGUGAUCGGUAUUUUAGUAAUAUCCUAAUAAUAUCCUAA